UGCUCUAAGCCUAGGUGGUUUGCUUACCCAGGUCCCCUCCCCCGCUAGUGUCCCCCUCGAUGUACAUAGGUAGGUCCCCCGCAUUCCAGCUUCCACGUUCCUAGUUUCCGAUCGUCCCGUCAGUGGACACCCUCCGACCCCACCAUAAGUGCAGGUUUGAUGGAAUGGCCGAAAAAUCGAGCCUAGGGGAAGUCACCACGAGCCGAGGGUGUGUUUGGGGCCACACGUGGACACCCUCCGAAGACGCGCAUCUUCUCCGGCUAUACUCUUCUGUCCCACGAACUCGCUGGUCCGACAUCGCCGACUCUCUCGGCGGUGGGCUGACGGCGAACGCCGUGCGGAUGCGCUUCCAGCGGUUCCUAAAGUUCGACGAUGUCUCGAGCGGCGAGCCGUUGAGUACUAAGGAGCGCGCGCUGCUGGAUCGCGCCCUGGAUGAGGUCGAGACGGGCAGGGAGAAGUGGUGGGGGAGGGAGGGCAUCAGGGAGCUGGGGAAGGUCGGGGCCAAGAGGUGGUGUGAGAAUAUCAAGAAGGAGAGUGGGGUGGAUGGGAAGAAGAUUGCUGCCACUGGUAGUGGGAGGGGCGCGAAGAGGGCGAAGAUUGAAGAGGAUGCGGAGGAGGAGAAGGAGGGAGAGGAUGGAGAGGAUGCGGAUGUGUGA